GCUGGGCUGGGCUGGGUUGAAGAACAACCACUGAACCACGGCACAGACAAGGGCUGAGGGAGGGCCUGACCAGAGGCCAGGGUGCCGGAGCUGGUGGGAGCAGGACGCAGAGCUCCCUCGGCUACCCCUUCCCUGGGCUGGGUCAUGCGCUGCCCCAAGUGCCUUCUCUGCCUGUCAGCAUUGCUCACGCUCCUGGGUCUCAAAGUGUACAUCGAGUGGGCCUCCGAGUCUCGACUGAGCAAGGCCUAUUCAGGACCCCGAGGCACCCCACCAGGCCCCACACCAGCCAGUCCCGAGCCCACCCUACCAGCUAACCUCUCCGUCCGUCUGGGACAGACCGGACCGCUGCCCUUGGCAUCCUGGAACCAGCAGCAGUGGCGGCUGGGGGUCCUGCCGAGUGGCGAGAGUGCUAAGGCAGGGGGCUGCCAAGCGUGGGGGGCUGCAGCUGCUGCCGAGAUCCCCGACUUCACCUCCUACCCCGAGGACCUCCGUCGCUUCUUGCUGUCAGCAGCCUGCCGAAGCUUCCCACAGUGGCUGCCUCCAGGAGACAGUGGCCAAGUUGCCAGCUGCUCAGACACUGCCGUUCCCUACCUGCUGUUGGCUGUCAAGUCGGAACCAGGGCGCUUUGCAGAAAGACAGGCUGUGAGGGAGACGUGGGGUGGUCCUGCUCCCGGCAUUCGGCUGCUCUUCCUGCUGGGGUCCCCAGAGAGCGAGGGGGGCCCUGACCUAGGCUCCCUGGUGGCCUGGGAGAGCCGCCGCUAUAGUGACCUGCUUCUCUGGGACUUCAUCGACGUCCCCUUCAACCGGACGCUCAAGGACCUGCUGCUGCUGGCCUGGCUGGGCCGUCACUGCCCCAACACACACUUUGUCCUCCAAGUUCAGGACGACGCCUUCGUGCACACUUCUGCUCUGCUGGAACACCUGCGGGCCCUGCCCCCUAGCUGGGCCCGAAGCCUCUAUCUGGGUGAGAUCUUUACCCAGGCCAAGCCACUCCGAAAGCCUGGCGGGCCCUUCUAUGUGCCUGGGUCCUUCUUCGAUGGUGGCUACCCAGCCUACGCAAGCGGGGGCGGCUACGUCAUUGCUGGGCGCCUGGCACCCUGGCUGCUGCAGGCAGCAGCCCGCGUGGCACCCUUCCCCUUUGAUGACGUUUACACAGGCCUGUGCUUCCGUGCCCUGGGUCUGGUGCCCAGAGCCCACAAAGGCUUCCUCACCAGCUGGCCACCAGACCGCAUGGCUGACCCCUGCGCUCUCCGUAAACUGCUGCUGGUGCGGCCCCUCAGCCCCCAGAACAGCAUUCGGCUCUGGAAACAAAUGCAGGACCCGCAGCUCCACUGCUAAGCCUCCCUGGGGAGGGCAUGGGAUGGGAGGACGGGCUGGACCUGACCUGAGCCCGGGGCCCCUGCCUAGGUUCAGCCUCUGUUAGGCCUGGGUGUGAGGAAGUCCCCAAGUUCAGCCGCAGAAGCCACUCCUUGGCCCCCCAGGCCAGCAGGGCACUAGGCGGGAGAGGGCAGCGGACUGUUUUUCUCUACUUUUUGAUUAAAAAAAAAAAAACAAAUUCACUCUCAACUGUGAGGCCUGAAGUGGUCUUUGCGUCUAUGGGGCCUGGAGUAGUUUACAGAACCGAGCCGACCUGCAUACCAGACACCUCCCAUGCCUCCAAGGCCAG